ACCUGCAGCUACAGUAUCCUGAGUUCCAUCUCUUAGUUUUAGGGGUUCUGAUGUUCCCCAGAUUUAAGGUGCUGGAGGAGGAACAGCAGUACUUUGGUUCUAUGGUUUUGUGGGCGGAGCCGUGGUUGACAACCCAGAACACAGACCUGAUCGUAUUUUGUGAAGCAGAAUAGUCACAAUAGUUCUCAUAGCUGUUUUGACAAGAUGGCGCACCCAGUGCGGACGCCUGUUACAGCAGCUCCUGCUCACCGCUGAGCUUUUGUCAGAGAGAUCAAUUUUUUUUUUCUUUUUAACUUUUUUACCUUGAGUUUUUAUCAGUUUAGCUAGUUAGCACUUUUUUUUUGGUAUGGAGACGAAGACCACUUUCUUCACAGCUGUCUCUCUCCUAUUUUUCUAUGGACACGAUCGUGUGCGGGGAUCAGGCGUACAGCCGUGGCUCCAUUGUUUACACCCGGGAACAGCUGUUAGCGCUACGACCUACAGGGGUGCAGCCCGAGGAGAGGCACAAUAUUCCCCGCGAGCUGCGGAGAAGGUGACAGGGUUGUCACGCCAGAGUGCAGCACCAAUACCAGAGGAGACGUUACAAACCCGUCCUCCCAUCCGUCGUUAUGGGGAACGUAAGAUUGCUCCCCAACAAGAUGGACGAGCUGUCGGCGGUGACUCUGGUGCUGGACAGAUUCCAGCUCAUCAGGCACGACAGGACAGCGGACAGCGUAGGCUGCAAACACAGCACCCUCAGGCCCUCCUUCUGAUCUCUGGGGACUUCAACCACGCCUGUCCAUCCACCACCCUGCCCACCUUCACCCAGUAUGUUUCCUGCCACACCAGAGACAAUAAAACACUGGAUUUUUUUUAUGCCAACACCAAGGAGGCAUACCACUCAUCCCCCCUGCCCCCCCUGGGAAGAGCUGAUCACAGCCUGGUUCAUCUUCUGCCUGUCUACAGACCUCUGGUGCAGAGAGAACCAGCAACCACCCGCACUGUGAAGAGGUGGUCUGAGGAGGCCGAGGAGGCCCUGAAAGACUGCUUCAAGGUCACUGUGUGACAACCAGACU